AUGGCUCCGAGCUCAAUGGGAGUGGAGUCGUCCGCCAGGGGAGGGGGGGGGGGAGGGGGUGACGACACCAGCUUGAGGGCGGGUGCGGUCAAAGAGGACGACACCACCUGGAAGGGUGGUGCGGUCACGUUGCGUGUGGCGGCGCCGGGUUACACGCAGCUGUGUUUGUGUCGCCCGUGGUUGCACCUCGUGGCCCGCGACUGUGCGUCGGUCCGUGGAUGCGCCUCAUCGCCCGCGGGUGCGCGUCCGUCCGCGGAUGCGCCUUGUCGCCCGCGGGUGCGCGUCCGUCCGCGGAUGCGCCUCGUCCCCCGCGGGUGCGCGUCCGUCCGCGGAUGCGCCUCGUCGCCCGCGGGUGCGCGUCCGUCCGCGGAUGCGCCUCUUCGCUCGCGGGUGCGCGUCCGCCCGCGGAUGCGCCUCGUCGCCCGCGGGUGCGCGUCCGUCCGCGGAUGCGCCUCGUCGCCCGCGGGUGCGCGUCCGUCUGCGGAUGCGCCUCGUCGCCCGGGGGUGCGCGUCCGUCCGCGGAUGCGCCUCGUCGCCCGCGGGUGCGCGUCCGUCCGCGGAUGCGCCUCGUCGCCCGCGGGUGUCCGUCCGUCGGCGGAAAUCGCCGCGGUGGUCGCGUCCGCCCUCGUCGGCGGGAUGCGCCGCGCCAAACGUCUCUCUAUCCUUCCCUCCUCACAGCCAAACGUCUCUCUAUCCUUCCCUCCCCACCCCUCCCAGGCAUACGACGAUCGCCUGCGCCAAGCCUUCCAGGACCCCUCCCUGCCAUACCACCAGCACCACCAUCACCAGCAGCAGCACCACAGCUCCCUCUUCCCCCCAGAGGACGCGGCAGUGCUGGAGGCAUACCUCAUGUGUCUGCACCAGGUGCUGCGCCACUCGCCCCCGCCCCUGCGCACGCGCCUCUUCUCCGACGCCUUCUUUGACGCGCUCUUCCGCCUGCUCCCCCACGCCGCCGUCCCCCCCGCCCUCAAGGGCGCCCUCCGCUCCGCCAUUGCUGCCUUCCUCGGCGCCCCCGCCACCGUUGCUGCGCUCACCACCUCCACAGCCCCUGCUGCUAGGGCCACCACAGCAGCGGCUGGUUUCAGUGGUGCCAUGGCAGCAGGAGCGGCUGCUGGUGCUGCUGGUGGAGGGGCGACAGCAGGGGAUUUGAUGGCAGUGGCGGCAGCAGCGGCGGGGCUGACGGGGGCGGCGGCGGCAGCGCUGGCAGCAAGGACAUGGGCGCUGGAGGAAUUCUACGAUCUGCCGCCCUCGGCUUCUGCGACCCUGGAGGAGCAACAGCGCCGCGCGACAGCGCCAUACGACAUGGGCAUGGAGCUGAGCGAGGUGGAGGCGAGGGUGGAGGAGUACCCCUCAACGCUCUCCUACCUGCGCCUGCACAACACACUGCUCGCCCUCGACCCCCUCUCCCGCCCCGUCAGGUUCCUGGACUAUUUCCGGUUCGUGACGAGCAGUGUGUUUGUGCCGUACACGCGCCGAGUGUACGCGCGGGCAGACGAGAUGUGGCAGCUGCUGCUCGCCUCGCUCUCCCUCUUCCACCUCUCCCUCCUCCUCCUGCACCGCUCCCCCCUCCCCUCCGCACCGCCUCUCGCCGCCCUCUCUGCUGCCUCCUCCUCGUCGGCCAAUGGGCUGCUGCCAGCUGGCGCCACACCGGGGCUGCUGCUGAUGAAGGAUUUCCUAUCAGCAGGCCCAGCACUGCGCAACAUUAUCGCCAUCAUCACAGCGGGCCCCGAUGCGCUUCUAGAGGAGCGUGCGCUGCGCCCCCAGGCGCUCUCAUUCGCCUUAGAAGACACCGUUGCCGCCUGCCUGCGCCUGCUGCUCCUCGCACUCUCCCUCGACCAAUCCCUGGCCGACACCUGGCAGCCCGCCGUGCGCCCGCUGCACCUCGUGCUCGCGGAUGACGUGGUGCUCGUGACAGCUGUCAUGUCCUUCGUGCGCUACCAGCCGUCAGAUGCCAUCCAACGGUCGGCAAUCGAGCUCACAAGCGUCUUCAGUGCGCGUGGCGUGCCACUUGUCGCGAUGGCAUUGGAGGUGGGCAUGGUGCAGCGAUUGGUGGAGGACUUUGCAGAGUGCCUUGACGUUAGUGCCAGCACCGUCUCUGUACAGGGCGUUGCUGCUCAUGGUGACGCUAGUGGCGCGACUGUGGAUGGUGGAGGAGAGGAGGAGGAAGGCGGGGAGGAGGGCGAGGAGACGGACUGUGCCACGCUCAUUCUCCAGCUGCUGCUGGCGUCGCUAGGGAGGCAGCGGCCCACAUUGGCGCACAUGCUGCUGGGGUUUGAUGUCGACAGGCCGCUCGCUGCCUCCCUGCUGCAGCCCAACCGCCGCUUCAGCGCCCUCCGCAUUCUCCUCGACCUCGUGCUCUCCACAGGAGCAGACGCAGACUCCGACCAAUCAGACGCCACCGCACCGCCACGUGUCAGCCUGCGGUUGGCACGCCUGCGGGAGAUGAGCGUGCGAGUGCUGUACCACCUAGCAGCAGACCCCGCCACGUCAGCACCCACGGCAGUGCUGCUGCAGGCAAAGCCGCUGAGCUUCUUUGCUCCGCUGCUCUCCUCCGCGCUCUCAGCGCCUCUCCCUCGCCGCAGCAGCAGCCCCGGCCACCGCGUGGCGGCCCUGCAUGAGGUGAUGUUUUAUUUUCCUAUGGGAUUUCCCAUUCUCCUUCCCUCUCCCCCAUCCCUUCCUCCGGAACAAUUCGCUCCCUCACUCACUCACCCAACACCCCUCGACCCUCAACGCUCGACCCUCAACGCUCGACCCUCAACGCUCGACCCUCAACGCUCGACCCUCAACGCUCGACCCUCAACGCUCGACCCUCAACGCUCGACCCUCAACGCUCGACCCUCAACGCUCGACCCUCAACGCUCGACCCUCAACCCUCACCCCUCGCCCUCACAUUUCCCCUCACCCCUCGCCCUUCACCCCUCACCCCCAUCCCCCCUCCACAACACCCCUCGCCCCUCCCUGCAGCGAGCGUGGCUGCUGAAGCUGCUGGCGUUGGCCCUCCACACAACGCCCCCUGCCCCGCACGCCCACAAGCACCACCACUCCCACCACGCCGCCCACUCCGCCACCGCUGGGCGGCAGCUGGAGAUCUGCCGGCAGAUUCUGUCGGCACUGUUCAUGGCAGACGGGGGUGUAGGGAGGGCGGAGGAAGUGGGGGAAGGGGGGAAUGGUGCGCUGGUGGUGUGGGGAGGAGGGGAGCAGCAGGCAGAGGGUGUGAGGGGAGGUGUGCUGGCGGCGACUCAGCUGUUGGAGUUGUUCCUCUUCGCCCUGCCGGACGUCACCCCCAGCUUCCUGCCGCACAUCGCUGCCGUGCACCACCAGCUGCAGCUGGAGGAGCUGUUGGGGACCGCAGCAGGAGUGGCGGAGGGGGGCGUGUUUGAAGUGAAUGAGAGGGGCGACCGCCUUGUGGACCUGCGUGCUCUCUCCCACAUCCUCACCCAUAGGUUUGCCUUGCUGGAAGCACAGCGAGGUCCGGGAGCACCGUUUCUCCCAGGCCCUAACCUGGGGGUGGCAGGCUCGGCAGCAGGUUCGGCAGAGGUGCGGCAGGAGGCAGUGAGGGAGGCGUUGAGGUUCGUGUGGCGGCGCAACCGAGUGGAGGAGGAGGCAGCAGCGCAGCAGCAUGUGGCUCUCGCGUGGGCGCAGCUGCUGCAAAUGGCUCUCUCCAGAAGAUUUGAUCUGCUGCCACCACAUGCCAGGCUGGAAGCCUUGCUGCAAGCCAUCGCUGCGCCUCACACUCCCCUCACCCUCGCCAAGCCCAUCUCCCAGGUAGUGAAUGCCAUGUGGUGUCACCUGCUGCCAUGUGGUGUGUCACCUGCUGCCAUGUGGUGUCACCUGCUGCCAUGUGGUGUCACCUGCUGCCAUGUGGUGUCACCUGCUGCCAUGUGGUGUCACCUGCUGCCAUGUGGUGUCACCUGCUGCCAUGUGGUGUCACCUGCUGCCAUGUGGUGUCACCUGCUGCCAUGUGGUGUCACCUGCUGCCAUGUGGUGUCACCUGCUGCCAUGUGGUGUCACCUGCUGCCAUGUGGUGUCACCUGCUGCCAUGUGGUGUCACCUGCUGCCAUGUGGUGUCACCUGCUGCCAUGUGGUGUCACCUGCUGCCAUGUGGUGUCACCUGCUGCCAUGUGGUGUCACCUGCUGCCAUGUGGUGUCACCUGCUGCCAUGUGGUGUCAUCUGCUGCCAUGUGGUGUCACCUGCUGCCAUGUGGUGUCACCUGCUGCCAUGUGGUGUCACCUGCUGCCAUGUGGUGUCACCUGCUGCCAUGUGCACCUUCCCACGUGUGCGCCACAGGACCUCUGGUGGUCCUAGUGGCAUUCCUGCAGCUGCAGCACCUCUCCUCCUCCUCCUCGCCCACCUCCAUUGACACUCCCUCCUCUGACGACGCGGGCGAGGUGACGUGGAGCGACGUGAUUGGCCACUCGUCCCUCUCCGACACAAGCAGCAGGGAGGGGCUAGGAGGCGGGGCGAGUGGGGCAGGGGGCGGGGGGCCUCGGAGGCAGGUGUCAGUGGCGGAGAGCACGGGGUUGCUGAGGGACCUGCUGGGCGCGCUCAUGCGGAAGGACUCCUCUGAUAGCCUCCGCCGGAGGCUCUACACGUCACUCCUCACCUUCCUCGCCAUCUGUGCGCGCCGCUUCCGCAGUGCUGACGUGGAUAUCUCGCCAGCUGUCAUGGCCGUCAUUCUCAAGGAGCUGCCCGGGGAAGAAACUUCCUCUGACCGCUCCCUUGAUAUGUCGCAUGCACAGCCUGCCAUUCUGUGA